GGAGACAUGGGUCUUUGCCUCUGCAGCAGGGCCAAACAUGGUGAUCCUGAAGAUGGAGGAAACCGCUUUCGGGUGAUCAAUGUGAAUGACAAUGGUAAAAAUGUCUGUCCAGGAAUCAUGGAGCUUACAGAGACGUCACUCAUUUUCCAUAUUAAGCGAGGAAGCUUUGUGAAGUGGCCAUACAUCAGCCUGAUGAAAUACGGCUAUGACUCCCAUCUGUUUUCCUUUGUCUGUGGCAGGAGAUGUCAGACUGGAGAAGGGAUAUUUGGGUUUAGAUGUAGCCGUGCGGAAGAGCUGUUUAAUUUAUUACAAAGAUGCAUGCAGAAUAAUCGAAUAAGUGUCAUCUCUGAUACAGAUGGAGACACUCCAGUAGCAGGUGCAGAGCGAAGUUUACCUUACCGAUAUGAGGCCUAUCCCUCGUUCCCAGCAGCCUCAUCCAUUUUAUCAUCGUCUCAUAGACCUGAGCCUAUUGGCAGUGAAUAUAUCCCUGAUCCUAGAUCUUCAGAAUGCUGCACAUCUGCUCAUUGUAAGGAGGUGAAAAGGCCACAUGGAUCCCAUUUACCUCUGGAACAGAAGGUUUCAGAUGGGGGCAUAAGCCAAAUGUAUAUGAACAGUUAUCUUGAUGUAGAGGAACGUCGUGGAAUUAGACUUGACCAAGCCUACAUGGUUAGGAACAUGGUGGAAAAUGAAGAGAUAGAAACAUUUGAUAGUACACAUUCUGGAGAUAUAAAUGGUCUCAUAUGGGACACUGGCUACGACAGUGAUGACCGACGAGAAACCUCAUGGGUGAGAAGAAUGGGGUAUGAAAAUGUUUCAGCAGUUCCAGGAGCAUGUGUUAGGUCACGAAGCAUGUUGGUUUCAGUGAGCAGCUCAGACUCUCAAAGCACUAGUAUUAUUCCAGCAGACUGUGUUGCUAGCCAGCCAUCUUCUCCAUCCAUCUUUGAGGAACAGUAUGACUUGGAGCAAAAUAUAUCCACCAUGAAUGAAGGCUUUGGUCCAUUAUAUGCAUCCAAACAACGGUCUUCAGCAAGAGAUACCAUGAUACGUCAAGACUGUGUGCCUCUCUCUUUUAAUUUUGAUCUCAGGCAGACCUGUCAGGGGUCAAAAACUCUCAAUUACAUCCAGGUGGAGAUGGAAAGUGGCUGCGAUUCGGACAACCCUCAAACACCUCAAAGUCCUGAUGGUUCUGUGCAAUGGAGCACAUGCAACCAGUCUGAGUUUUACACAGAACUGGACUUAGAAAAAACCACAGCUUUGUCACUUAUUCAGAGAAAUCGGCCCAAAGAAGAUGGCACUAGGAAAACCAGACAUAAUAGCAAACAUUUCCCAGUCUGAUAUUCUAGGGCACCGCUUGACCAUCUAAUAGUUAAAGUGGAGCUUUUUUUUUUAAUUAUCUUUGAGUAUGUAGUAUUGUAUGUGAAAUCUAGGAUCUAUGUAAUCUUGCUUUCAUCACUUAUUUUUCAGUUUGUUCUUAGUCUUGAAGUGUAAGAACCUGGAAACCUCUUUCAAUGGAUCUUAUGAUGUGUUUUUAUCCCGAUGACAACUUUUUUUUUUUAUACUUUAAAGAGAUUUUUUUGGUGUUUUGACCGACACAUACCUUUUUAUUAUCAGUGGUGUGAAUAUAAUGUUUUGUUCUGCUUCUGUAAGUAGCCAGGAGGAGGAGCUUAAGCUACUUUCACAUUAGCGUUUUGG